GCGAUUUUUUUUAGUUUUUGUGAAAAAAGUUAUUAUAAUGGCUGGAGAAGCAGUAUUUAAGUAUUUAGUUGAUACAAACAGACCAUAUUCGUGUGCUGACGUAACAGUGAAUUUGAGAGGUGCAUUCGGUAAAACUGCCGUUCAAAAAGCUCUUGAUUCUCUUUCGGAAUCUGGCAAAAUACGCUGUAAGUUAUAUGGUAAACAGAAAGUCUAUGCUGCAUUACAAACGGAAGCCGUUGAAGAAUCUGAUGAUACAAUAGAUUAUGAUCAUCAAAUAAAGACUCUCAACGAAAACAUAUUAGCGCGGAAAAACGAUUUAAAAACCGCCGAGACCAAUCUUAAAGUUCUCACAUCCGCACCUACGAAUGAUUCUACGAAGCUACAAAUUGAAGAUAUAAAAUGUAAUAUACAUAAAUUAGAGACAAAGUUAGUAACAUUAAGAGGAUCCACUGAGGUCAUAAGCGCUGACGAGAAGAAGAUUGUUUUAGGCUUGCAUGAGAAAUACUUGAAGGAAUAUAGGAAACGCAAACGGAUUUCUUCGGACAUGUUGGAAGCGGUCAUGGACGCGUAUCCAAAAACAAAGAAGGCUUUUCUAGAAGAAUACUGCAUCGAAACAGACGAGAUGGUCGAUUUUAAAAUAAACACGUAGUAAAAUAAACUUGUUUUGGAACC